AUGUCGGUGGUAUCUCUACAAAUUGGCCAAUGUGGAAAUCAGGUCGGUGGGGAAUUUUUCAGGACCAUCACAAGUGAUAUCCAUAGUGUUCCUUCCGUGAAAUCUCGCCUACAAACAGAGUACCUAGAAACAUCAUCUGAAACCUUCUUUAACAGACUUGACCAAGGUAAGACGCUUUCGGGCAAACGGACGUUUUCGCCGUUGGUUAGGUGGAACAUUGGAAGCCAGAUGUGUUCAAGUAGAUAUGGAAGAAAAGGUGAUUCAACAGAUGCGAACUGACGCUCUCCGUGAGGGCAUUUGGCGCUACCCAAAAAGUUAUUAUUCAGCAAAACAGGGAUCAGGUGGGUUUUUUUAUAAUAUUGAUUACCUUAUUGUCUUUUUGACGUUAUUUCAGUUGACCUCUGUUUCCAUUUUGGCUGUCCUAUUCAUAGGAGGCAGAUAGGCGAACAAUUCUUGGCAGCAAAUCAUUACCUGACAUGUUCAGUUAAAUAAGGUAGGUAAUUACAUGUGAUUAAGCUGCAUGUGAAUCUUGUUACUAGAGCUGCGGGUAGGAACCAAGGGUGCAAUACAUUUGAACCUUAAAUACAAGUGACGUAAUGGAGGGGAGCAGUAGAGGUAGUUGACGGGGUAUGUGGGCUAGCAGAUCGUAGAAGGAUGUGGUAGGAGUGAAAGAGAGCGAAUUAGGGUCUUUAGAUCCAUUGUUACCGAUAGUAAGCCACAAGGUGUCAGCUUGUGUCGGCUUUUGACUCGCACUGUAGUCUUCCUUAUACACAAACCUCGGUCCUCUAUCCAUGGGGUCGUUGCUUACGCCGUGACCAAAAGUCGUUGUCACAAUGACUUUCUUGACAUCCUGGUGCUCGGUAGAUCGGUCUAAUAACAUUAUUAGGUUACUGUACAUCCAGUUUCGGUUGAGUGUUCUUCAGUGGAACUGGGAGUGAUCUUCCUAUCAUCCUUCCUUGGGCAAACGAAAUGUUAGUUUGUCGUCUUGAUUUACUAAUUUAGCUGGCGCAAGACGUUGACACUGGUGUCUUCGAAGUUCUCUAAUCUCGAUUCGGACACUUCCUAACGCAUUUUCCACAUGUUCCCUAUGAGCGAUGACUCUGACCGUUGUGCAAUGCUUGCAAAGCGUCUUAUAGUACUGCCGUAUUUACCCCCCCUCCUUGCUCAGUCCAUUUGGUUAUGAAUUCCCGACUAAGGUUUUGUAAGUCGUAGCUGCUCGUUAAGUGCUUUGCACCAUGUGCGACCUGUGAAUUUUUCUGACUCUUCGAGAAUUCUCACUUAGUUACCUCAUAGAUGACAGAUGGGCGACCAUAUGCAGUCGAUCAGCAGCAGGCUUGUGUAUAAAUUGCGUCUGAAUUUCGUAAUUAGGAAUCCAGGUGGGGGGAGGGGCAAAGACGGAAUAUAGUGCUUGCGGAAGUUGAAAACAAGUAGAUAAUAUGUCCUGGGAGGGAGGACGUAAGUGUCACAACCAAUAGACAAAGGAGUCGUAGACCGGAAAGAGGGAGAUUAUCACUGUGCUCUACUUUUCCCUUGUUGGAUCUAUCUGUUUGCGUCUCCUGAGAAAAUAUCCAUGUGAGGAAGUUACUUAGCUCUGGUUUUAUCAUAUAUAACGAAACGGUACUCAACAACGUAAGAGAAAAUUCGUGCUUUGACUUGCGGGGUGAACCAGCACUUAGAAGGUCGUUCAUGGUUGUUAUUCUACCACCAACCCAAAAUAAAUGUACCUUUUGGAGGUUUCCUUCUAUCUUUCAGAACUCUUUUUUCUGUGAAAAGUGUCGUAGCUUUUUUCGUUGGGCUUUGUAGUCGAUGGACAACUGUUCAAAGCGUUCAUGUGGGCUCGCUUUUCGUGUUAUACUAUUCAUGUGGAUGUCGGAGAUAAGCCGUGCACAAGGUAGUACAUUUCGUUAAAAAAGCCCGUGAUCCAGACUUCAAAUGACUGCAUCAUACAAGGACGAGAAUCUACUAAUGGCCCUUUGGUAUUUUAUACUCCUGGUAUAGUUGAUGUGGAUAGAACUGAUCCACUCUGAGGAUUAGAUUCAUUAUUUUUCCCCCCGGUCUUAAAUUGUGGGACAAAUUCGAGUAAUCAACAAACGCUUUAAGCCGUUUCGUCACUUAUAAUGAUUAGAUGGACCUUUAAAAAGACAUGAUACGGCCAAAGAAACAAUUAUUACAACGUUAUGCCCUACCUCGUCCCUACUUUCUGAAACAGUAGCACUUCACGAGACGCUGGUUUGGCAUUUGUUUGUCAUGUCAUAGCCGUCGAGGUUAAACUUAUUCAAUGGUCUUAGCUGGCUGUCGGUUUGGGCAUGGAGUUUCUGCUAGAGUUGUACCUAUUUGUCAAGUUGGAAGCUAGUCUUCUCUGUAUGUCAACUCCCUCAGUGCAGUCGAGUCAGUUACAGGUUCCCUGCUUACUCAUUCCAUGAACGCAGUGACGGGAGGCCACCGCCGGCCUGUCUCUUGCUUGUGAGAGGUAACUUCGUGUAUUGCUACGAAAUUGACUUGGCCCGCUAAAUGCAUGAUCAGUCAGUAAGAUUUUAUUUACAUAUAUUUUUCUGCGUUGUCCAUACGCGCAGUGUUUACUCAGUGGCUCACAUUUCUGUUUUCAGGCAACAAUUGGGCAUUUGGGUUUCUUGUACAUGGUCCCGCGUGUGAGUCUGCGGUCGGUGAAUGCCUCCGCAAGGAACUCGAAAAAUGCGACUGUGUUGAUGGAAUCCUAAUGACAAUGAGCCUCGCUGGCGGGACUGGCUCCGGUGUUGGGACGUACCUUUCAAGGUAGUUUAUCAACCUGCAUGUCCUCCGUGUACACGUUGAAUAGGAUGCAAUUUAAUUUAAUGUGCUUGCUAAUUUCAAGAGCACCAUUCUCCAUUUCAUGACAACCUUCCCUCCUUUGGACAACCUCUGUUAUCCUUUUCGGUGAUUAUUUUAUUAGUCGCGUCUUCUGUCGCAAAUGUUCUCAUAGGCGGAUUUAUCUUUUAUUCAGGCGUCCUUGCAUACCAAUGUAUUUGCCCUGGAGCUAAGUUCACAGUCUUCCGAAAAGUCGUGUAACAUGUAUCCCCAGAUUGCCGGAAUAUCAGCGAACAUUCUGUUAUUCGGGUUUCUUUUGACUCAAGAAGUAUCUCCUCUCGGACGAGAUAUGUCUAGUCUUCCAUGUUGCAAAAGUGCAACGCAGCGCUGUGUUCUGUCAUUACGCAAAUUAGAAAGCAUCGUUUAAACCAUCUAGAAAAGAAUUUCGUGAUUACUAGUGGAAGAAGUUUGCCAGAUGCACAAGCUAUUUUCAACGGCCUGAGGACGUCGCUCGUUCGUGUAAACGGUGAUUUUUGGUGUUCUUUUACUGUGUGGCCUUCUGUCACACGCGAACCGUUUUUGACUAAAAUCAAGAAUCUGGUAGGCUGCUUCAGUUUUUUAAUUUUCUCCUAGGGUUUUGGGGUAGUGAUCACCUUUCAAACGCUUAUCGUUUUGCUCUGCCGGAUCUAAGCCUCCAAAAAAGGACAUUCAUUGUGCUUGUUUAGCGCUUUCCUUUCUAAUAAAAUCCCAAUAGCAAUUGCUCUUGAAAACUCAACUUUAAAGCAGAACCAUCGAUGCGUUUGCGUCUUGUCAGGAUCCGGUGUUUUUAUCAAGAAUGUUAGGCUGGUCAAGCGAACUCUUUAAUUCACACUUUCCAACCCUAAAAUUGUCGCAAUCAAUCCUUCUGAAGUCGUCUUCCUUUGACAAGCUGAUGAGAAAGGGCGUCACAGAACAGCUUCACGCAAAUUUCCCUGUCACGCAUUUUACGAGCAUGAGGCAGCCUCUUCUUCCUAACUUUCAAUGGAUACUAUUAUCAUACAUAAGGCAACUUACAGUACAUCGACAUUUUUCGAUCUGCUGAUGUUCGAUCAAACUCGAUGAUCUAGCACUUGAUCUUCCUUCAUUUAAGUUCUUUCCCUGCACGUAAGGCCUCUAACCCUACCUACUUUUGUGCAUGAUAACACGCUGGCCAGUUGGUCGUUUGUGCAAGAUCCCUUUGGUAAGCAGGAAACCGUAAACGAUUGCUAACUUUCUAAGUACCCAAAUAUCAUGUACUUACGCAUGAAUUAAAAUAAUGAAAGAAACAUUCAAUCUAGUUUGUAUUUUGACUUGGAAGACAUAUGCGCGACCUGUGUCCAAAGGUACCUGUUCUGGCGCAACUGGUCUGGCCUUACAAGUGUGGCGAGAUCUCCGUGCAGGCCUACAAUGCCGUUCUCAGUCUCGGCCACUUUCUUGUCCGCCCGGAUGAGGGACCGGAUGGUAUCCUCGUGCAGGAGAACGAUGUCCUUCACCAGGCCUGCUCUAAGCGCCUUGGGAACGCUACUGAGAUGCCACUUUCCGCUUUAAACGCCUUAAUGGCUCACCAGCUCACUGGAAUGCUUCAGGUUCGCGUCUCUUUGUCCUUGUAUGAUGAAUAAGUAUAUUUACUAUUCAACUACAGUGCAUAUUGACAUGCAUCUGAGGAAAUUUUCAAUUCUGUCCUUGUGAGCUCUAGAUGGAUUACUUAGGAAAUUCUGCGUGUGCAGUCAGCCUACUAUAUUAGAUUUGGCGGAUUCCAUACGUUGAAGUAGGCUGGGCGAUUAACUUGACCCAAGGGGGGUUGAACUCACGACUCCUGGUGGGACCUCGUAGCUCAGGUGGCUAGAGCGUUGACUGUACUCAGGCCUUCCGCUUGCUCUUGUGGGUUAGAAUUCCACCGAGGUUGCCGUUUUUCACAGUUGGGUCAAAAUGACUUGAUAUUCUUCGUGAUCCUGAUGUUUUCCCACAAAAUAAGUUUGUUCAAUUUCAAGCCUAGAAAUAGAAACGUGGAAAUCUGAGGCUCAAUCGUUGUUUUGGGUGUAAAGCACAGUGCCUCCCUUAUUCCACCACCGCUUGUUUCGCUUGAUUUUUUAUUCUACUAUCCCAAUCUCCGGCGACUUUCCUUCCUCAUAAAUACCUCUAAUUUCUCUCAGCUGGUAAACGGUCCGGGGAUUCAUUUCAGCUGUGGUGGGCAUCCUGCCCCUGGUGGUCCACAAUUGUUUGCGGAGAAAACCAAGGGUUUGAAUAAACUGCUUGUGUCUACGACUUUAUCUCCCUUCAUAAAGUUGACAUUUUCUAGCUAUAUGACUUCUCCCUUCCCAUGUUCUGCCUUAAAAAGCUGUUAUAUUUGUUUGAAUUUCCGACUUUUCCGCGUGUCUGAUGCAUAAAUGACCCCCCGCUUUCGCGCUAUUGUCUGCCCACCAUAUCUUCUGCCUUACUCGCCUUUUUGAAACGCAGCCACUCUCUGUGCCCUCGCCUCCCUGUCGCCGACGUCUCUCCCAAUUCCUCUUUAACCUCUGCGGCCCACCAGACCUGAAGCUCUAUCGCCUUCGCUGUUUGCCUUACCUCUCCGCAGGAGUGAAAAAGUUUUCCACGGAGACUUGGCCACAGCUGAUCCGCCACGGACGCCAGCUUGGGCUUACUGGGGCCCCAGUGGAAGACAGUGAGUGCCCUGCAGUGUUUCUUAGCCAGAACUUUCGCGCAAUUUGCAUCAUUCCCGUUUUACGCUUCGUCAAACACCGCGAUUUACAUGCAGAUAUAGAGAUAACGCGCGACCCGGGUAACUGAAUAGAAGACAAUCGGCGUCCACUUGAUGGCGCUUGUUUUCUGGAUGUACGAUAGCCGAGCUUCUUCAUGCUCCUUCUCGUCAGCCUUAUUUUAGUUUGUUCUGUCUGUCUGUCCGACCUUGUGUAUCAGCAUUCCAAGUUAAAAUACUUGGUCCCCGUUGGCCGUGGUUUAUGCGACGUAUCACGUAUUUGUAUGCAGUUGGUCUCUACUCGGCACCAAGUGGUGCUGAUCGGCCUCAAACCGCAAAAUCGAACUGUCACGCGGUCCUGCAGAAAACGUUGGAGCCUUCGCGCCUCUUAUCGCCUAUCGGUAGCGUACGGAACUUCCUGAAGGAAGGUAUUAUAUCAUCGCUGCCGACUGAGUGCAGAUACUUGACUCCAUGGGCAGGUACGAAUGAAUUGACAACUGAACCCACGUUCGGACUUCUCCACCAAGCUUUGGGGUAUGGUUAACUGACGACCAAAUAAAUCGGAAAUGGCCGUUCAGGCUCCCAUGUUUUUUCGGUAUUCCUACAUAGCUGCACGAUAGACUGUGAUUGCUAUAAGAAAGCCCGUAUUCCGUUCUGCAAUUAGUUGAAGCGCAAGCGGAGAUGCAUAAUCGAACGCCACUCAUCCAUACAUUGCUGUUAGGUGCACUACAGGAAGGUCAACAUGUCGGUUGACUGGUUUGACAUUGAAAAACCAGGCCUCCUGCACAGGGCAUUUGAUGGCAUCGCCUAGUUCGAAGGCAUUCCCCGCUUCUGAAUUCUGUGUCACCUCAGACAACUGGUCCUUCUUCCGCGCACAAUAUUUACUAAGUAGCGCAACCCCAUUUCAUCCUAUCCUUACUGUGUUUACAGGUCAAUGGGGAGCGAGUGAUAACCACCUCAUUUGGCAGUUUGCCUUGUCAAAGUGCCCUUAAUUGAGGUUGUGAAACUGAUGAUUUCAAAUAAGACAGAAACGGCCAUUCCGAAAUUCCCCAUUUUUAUCGGCAUGGAUUACCAGUUAUUGGCUUCACGUCAAUGUAAGACGGCCUACGAAAACCGUAGACCACAAUCCAGGCCACUAUUUUUUCCUGCAGCCAAUAUAGGUCCGCAUGAUAGAAUAUUUCAAACGUUGCCGAUUGUGCGUAAGUAAGUAACUCAACAGCAAAGCGAAAUCAGGUACACACCUGUCUCCCCGUCAUGGGGUCGGAACAUGCAGCUCAUUUCAUCACUUAUUCCCUAGACUCUCGAUUCCAAAAAAACUACAAUCAUGCACCACCCCAAUUUCACCGCACUGCUCUUGUUCUGGCUUUCUAAGGCUUCUUUGAAAUCAGUACUUUUAAGGUUUCUUUAUGAAUUGUCCGUCUUUCGCACUGCUUUUAGUGAUUUUCCAAGCAAAGCACACGAAGUUCGUUUUUUUCACAAACUUGAAAAUUCGAGAUACACAGUAUUUUCGAAGACUUCAAGGGUUAGUAUUGUCUAGGUAGCUUUUAGCUCACUCACACAUCUUAUUGCCGGCGUUGUGUGUUAUUUGCAGACAAGUGCUGAAUUAUCUGCGUGUGAAAUGUCAGUGCCAAAAAUCGUCAUCAACUUAUCCAAGCCCUUUUUGGUGGACAUUUCAGUUGCGCAUGUCCUGCAGAUUUCUGAAACUUGUUGAGGUCGACAAUUAACUAAUUAGUACUAUUUGGGUAAUUAAAUCUCCCGUCUUUGAGAAUGCUGUAGGUCUCGGUGUUUCCCGUGCCUUAAUUAUGACUUAAUAUGGCCUCUGAAGACACGAACUGAAUGCAGAUGAAAAACCAGAUUUUUUAUGGGUUUGAACCCUGUGAUGAUGGACACAAUCAGCUACAUCAAGAGGGCAUCCACCUCCCUUCCCCCCCUCCUCCCGCCAACUUUCAUUAUGCUACAUGGCGCCCACCUUUGUCUCCUGUAGACAUGGACUGGACUCUUUCGGCCAAUACCUCCGUCAAAGGCUACAAACGCUUCCCGGUAGUCGCCUUUUCUGCCAUCGCUCGCGGUGACGGAGCGGCCGAGCUGCUUAACGACACCUCUCGCCUCUCUGGCUUCCUGCCCGAGCCAUCUGUCUCGAGCACCUUCCAGACCCCCUUUAUGGGCACAUGUCGUCCACUAUGCGGCUAUACUCGUAGCUUAUUUCUGGCCACUAACGGUGGCGGCCUGUUGCCAGCUGACCUCACUGCUGACAGUUCCCCCACCGGCACCGAUCCUGCUGCCAGUCUGCGUCAGGUCUGUGCGCGUGCCUGGCGCCUGUUUGCAGCUAAGGCCUACCUCCACCAGUACGCCCAGUAUGGUCUGGAAAUGGACACUUUUAUGGAUUGCUUCGCGGUGGUUGAGCAGACUGUUCAUACCUACGCAAAACUGGCUGUCUAA